UUGCUAGGAGGGUAAAACCUGGUCUAACAUUCUAGAGAGAGAGAAUGAUAGUCAACUCUUUGACUCGGCCAAGCCGGCAACAACUCUAUCUUCUAUAGAAAUAGAUAGAUAUAGAGAGAGAAUAUAUCUAUACAUCUGUCGAAGAUAAAAGCGCGUUCAACUGCCUGAACAAGCAAGCAAAUCGUUUCAUUUGAUUCUUAUCCUAAGUCACACAUAUUCGGAUCCAAACCCUAACAUUUACAUCUUCAUUCAUUUCAUUUCUGUUUAAUGUUACCACCGAUCAUUACAAAUCAUUGUUAGUUUGGUGUUCAGAAGCUAGAUUGAUUGUGAUUUGAUGGGUGGAAUUUGUGGUAAGCCUUCCGCCGUUGAUGAUGGCCGGGGGAGUUCAAUUUCAAGGGAGAGGAUGGGUUCAUCGCGGUCGAAAAAAGUGGAGAGUUUCAGGGUGAAGAAUAGAGGUGAGGUAAGAACUGGAUCGGUUGACAAGAGACUGAAUGAUUCUAGGCGUGUUAAUUAUGACAAGAGAGGGUUUUCUGCUGCUGAUAUUAUUGAGGCCAUUCCGAAGGCUGUACAAGGCCAACAGGUUGUGGCUGGUUGGCCUUCUUGGCUUGCUGCUGUAGCUGGUGAAGCAAUUGAUGGAUGGUUACCUAGACGAGCUGAUACAUUUGAGAAAUUUGAUAAGAUUGGGCAAGGAACAUAUAGCAGUGUCUACAAGGCUCGUGAUCUAACCAAUAAUAAAGUUGUUGCUUUAAAAAGAGUGCGUUUUGAUAACAUGGAUCCUGAGAGUGUAAAAUUUAUGAUGAGAGAAAUCCUUAUUUUGCGAAGACUUGAUCAUCCAAAUAUAAUUAAGCUGGAAGGAUUGAUCACGUCACGUACUUCAUGUAGUUUGUAUCUGGUUUUUGAAUACAUGGAACACGAUCUUACAGGACUUGCAUCCCUACCCGGGGUCAAGUUCACAGAGUCGCAGGUUAAAUGCUACAUGCAGCAGCUGCUAAGUGGACUUGAUCACUGUCAUAGUCGUGGUGUCCUGCACCGUGACAUAAAAGGGUCAAAUCUUUUGAUUGAUAAUAAUGGCAUCUUGAAAAUUGCGGACUUUGGUUUGGCAAAUAUGUUUGAUAAUAGUGGAAAUGUGGCACUAACAAGCCGUGUUGUGACACUUUGGUAUCGACCCCCUGAACUUCUACUCGGAGCAACUCAUUAUGGAGUGGCUGUGGACUUGUGGAGCACUGGAUGCAUUCUUGGAGAGCUAUAUGCUGGCAAACCUAUCAUGCCAGGUCGAACUGAGGUUGAGCAAUUGCAUAAAAUAUUCAAGCUUUGUGGUUCACCAUCUGAAGAUUAUUGGAGAAAGUCAAAAUUACGGCACUCGACGGUGUUCAAACCUACACAGCCUUAUAGACAACGCAUUGAAGAAACUUUUAAGGAUGUUCCUUUUGUUGCUAUCAGGCUUAUGGAAACCUUACUUGCAGUAGAUCCUUCACAAAGAGGAACUGCAUCGUCUGCUCUUGAGAGCGAGUUCUUCACAACUAAGCCACAUGCCUGUGAUCCUUCAAGUUUGCCAAAAUAUCCUCCCAGCAAAGAGAUCGAUGCAAAACUGAGGGAGGAAGAAGCUAGAAGACAAAGAGCGGAAGGUGGUAAGGGCCAAAAGAUUGACAUUGAAAGGCAAGGACGAAGAGAUCCUUGGGCGGUUCCAGUUCCUGAAGCUAAUGCUGAGCUACUUGCAUCAAUGCAGAAUCCAAUACAGAGAAGACAUGACAGAGCAAACUCAAAGAGCAGAAGCGAGUAUUUCAACCGAAACACUUCUAUUGAACAACCAAGACUAUCACAUUACUCAAAAGAAGUCGUUAUUGAUGAUUUGAAAGCUCCGGAAUUCUUUUCGGGACCAUUGGUUGCAGCAGAGAAGAAAUUUGAUGAUGAAAACGGUAAUGACAAAGAUCAAAUGGGAAGAAGGCACUCAAGUACGAGGAGGAGGAGGAAACAUGAUCUUUCGCGUAGUAUGUUUGGCAUCGACAGUGGAAGAUCAUCAUCCACUACUAAACAGCCAUAUAUGGAUGGUCAUGGAUACAACAAGAUCCAGUUCUCGGGUCCACUAGGUGCAUCAAACGUGGACCAAAUGCUCAAGGAUCGCGAUCACCAUAUUCAAGAAGCUACUAGAAGAGCACGCCUUGACAGGACCGCACUCACUAAACUCCGGUCUGAAGCAACCUCAAACCAUACAUAUAUGUCUAGCCACCGACCGAGGUAAGGCCGUGCCUCGCAACACACAUAUAUAUUAGACAGAGAGUGAGAGCUCAUCGCUUUCCCCUGUAACUAUUAACAUUGUACAUAGUAAUUGCAUACCGUAAUUCUCUCUAGUUUUGGAAUUUGUGUGGGAAUAUAGGCUAGUAUAAAUUUUGAAGCAGAAUCUGGAUUUUCAUCAAGUAACUUGACAGUUGAGACAAGCCCAGUUUGAAUAGAAAUAAAUGUAUUAGUUUUAAACCAGUUUUAAUUUAAAACUAAUUUAAAGCAGAUUUA